AUGCUCCCAGAACCCGAACCCACUCCACCACCAGAGGAGCCAAAUCGUGGCAAGCACGCCGUGCGUGCACUCCUGGGCUUCUUGCACUUCGCUGUCGCCAUUCUGCUCAUUACUGCUGCCAUCAUCGCGCUCAUUGAACGUGGUAGCCUUUUCGUAAUCUACGCCUUUCCCUUCGCACUGUUGGUCCUCAUCGCCGAAAUUCGCCGCCGAAUGCGCAGGAAGAAGGCCACCCUCCUCGACGAGCGCCUGAAAGUUUUCAACCUCAUCCGAGUCCGAGGGCUUCUCUACCAGAUCCUCGGCGUCAUCAUCAUCUUGAGUCGGGCCUGGGACGACGCAGUGAUGGCGCUUGGAUGGACGGUUUGGACCAUUGGUCUUGUCCUCUUCCUACUUGGAGGCAUCCUGAAAGAGUUAGGAGCACUUAAUUGGCUCGACGAUGAUCAAGAUCCUGGCAAAGUCCGUCUUGACGAUUCCGAUGAUGAGGCAGAGCAGAUCACGAGCUUGCUUAGCAAUCCAGUAUAG